AUGGCGUCACCCGCGCCAUCCUCCUCCGGCCCUCCUCCCACGCGCAGCUCCUCCUCGGCCGCCGCCCCCGUCGACCCCAUCCUGCGCAACACGCUGCGCUACACCAUCUCGGCCCGCGAGUAUGCCGUCCUGCACAAGUACAUCCUCUCGCGCUCCCGCGUCCUGCGCCGCAACGCCCCGGGCCCGGCCUCGGUCGACAAGGCCCUGGCUCCCGCCCGCGGCACCGAGGACCACAACGCAAAGGCCGUCCGCCAUGCCCUGCGCGUCUUUGCCGCCACCUGGCUCGGCAUGAAGGGCUGGGACGUGGUCGCCAGCAGGAUGGGCAACAAGGAUAUCACCUCGAGCGGCAAGAAGCAGCCCUUUUACAAGUCUCCCGCGCUGCGCCUCUCCCUCUCCCUCUCAUCGAUACUGCUCAUCUACCGCUUCCUCUUCCGCUUCCUCUCUCGCCUGCGCGCCCACCUCAUGGAUCCCCAGGUCGAGCCCUUUCGCCGGCGCAACCCCCGCACCGCCGCCGCCUUGACGUCCCCCUACGCCCCGGCCGUCGGCGCCUCGCUCGCCGGCCUCGCCCUCGGCGUCUAUCCGUCCCAGCAGAUGCGCGUCUCCAUAACCGUCUACAUGCUCUUCCGCGCCCUCGACUUUGGCUGGAACGUCUGCGAGAUGGAGGGCCUCAUCUGGGGGUCCAAGAAUGGCAAGAAGAGGGACCGCCCCUGGUGGUUUGGCAGCUGGUUGCUGCAGCCCCUGGCCUUUGGUCAGCUGCUGCACGCCUGCGUCUUUGACCGCGACUGUUUUCCCGAGUCGUACGGAAACUUCAUCUUCAACAAGUCGUCGGCCUAUCUGCGUGAACGUCCCAAGGACUGGCCCCGUCACGUCAAGUGGCCCAAGACGUGGGACAUUGUCGAGAGCCUCGCCCAAAUGGCCCGUCUAAACUGGCCGGCCUACAUCUCGCCGACCCUGUUCCCCAACAAAGAGGUGCUCCCGCCCUCGCUCGAGACCGUCUCUCCCCUGACCUCGCGAGCCCACCCGCUCAUCACCUCGCUCUCGUGCGCGACCCUUCACCCGUCGGACCCGUCCUGCCUGCGGACCUACCUGACCUUUUGGCUCAACUCGUUCCCGCCCCUGGCGCGCUUCUUCCUCGUCGUCUACUCGGCCCUGACCGUGGUGCCGCGCUUCAAGAAACUCUACCACUACCCCGUCGCCACCGUCCAGCGCGUCAUCGCCCGCGCCCUCGGCAUGUCGACGUUUGUCACGGGCGCCAUCUCCACGGCCUGGGCUUCCAUCUGCUUCUUCCAGGCGUACCUGCCGCGCCACGUGCUUGCCACCCAGCGCUUCUUCCUCGGUGGCUUCUUCGUUGGCCUGUGGGCGUGGGUCGAGCGCCGCCACGGCCGCGGCGUCUUCUUGCACAGCGCGCGCGCCAGCGUCGACAGCCUGUGGAAGGUGGGCGUCAAGCGCCGCUGGUGGAAGGCCAUGCGCGGCGGCGACGUCUGGGUCUUUGUCCUGGCGCUCAUGGUGACGGGCGUCGUUUACGAGCGCGACGCGCGGGCCAUUCGCGAGGGCGAGUGGCGCAAGGGCGUCAGUUGGGUCCGCGGCGAGGGGUGGAGGGACUGGGGAGCAGACGGCGACAGCGAUGAGGACGAGGAGGAGAGGAAGGACAAGGAAGAAUGA